AUGGCAACCGCGGGUGGCCUCUCACGACGGCGCGUAGGCGGGGGCGCAGGGGGCUCCUCCUACAACGACGAAGACGACGACAAGAAGUCCAGCCAGGCCAACGGUCACUCUCGCAGUGCAAGCAGGUCGGGGACACCACCAGGGGCGAGCACGAACUACCACGCGGGGUCUGCGUUCGAAGGCGGCAGCAAGAUCGCAUUCGACCCUCGAGAUUUGCAGCAGGACGCCAGCGAGGAGGCGAGGAUUGGCGGGAAGAUGCCCAAGCUGACGAUCAUGGAGGAGGUUUUGUUGUUGGGGAUUAAGGACAAGCAAGGCUACCUAUCAUUUUGGAACGACAACAUCUCAUAUGCCCUCCGCGGCUGCAUUCUGAUAGAACUUGCCCUGCGUCGACGAAUAGCUCUGGAUCGAGAUCCCAACCGACGACGGAUGCCCAUCGCAGACCGCAUCGUGGAGGUGAUAGACGACCGACAAACAGGCGAGACCCUCCUGGACGAGGCCCUCAAGAUGAUGAAGGCGCAGCAGGAGGUUGAAAAGAUGAGCAUCAACUCAUGGAUUGAUCUGAUGAGCGGCGAGACAUGGAACGUGAUGAAAAUCGGCUUCCAGCUGAAGCAGGUGCGAGAACGGCUGGCGAAGGGACUCGUGGACAAGGGCGUCCUGCGGACGGAAAAACGCAACUUCCUGCUGUUCGACAUGGCGACACACCCCGUGGCGGACGUGCGCACGAAAGAGGGCAUCAUCACUCGCGUCGUCACCCUCCUCACCUCGACAACCUCCGCCCUACCCCCCGGGGCUCUGGACAAGGAAGGCACCCAAUGCCGCGUGCUUCGGGCCGUCUGUCUGGCAUGUGCAGCAUACACGGCGAGCGUGCUCGACAACGCGUUCGGGCGACUGGGGUACGAAGAGCGCGAGGCGGCGUUCCAGCGGUGCGACGAGAUCCUGGGCGAGUUCGUCUCGUACCCGUUCGGGUCUGGCGGGAUCCAGGCGGGCGGGCCGCUCACACCGGCCACGGCAGCCGGGCGGAGGAGGCAGGCGUCGAGACUGGCGAGUGGGGGCGGCAUCGGAGGCGAGACGAGCGGGCGGGAGGUCGUGCUGGGUUUGGUGCAGGAGGUGCGGAAGGAGGCGGUGGGCGGCGAGGAGGACCUUGGGUUCGAGCUCAUCGCGGGGGUGCUGGACGUGCUGUCCAAGCUCGAUUCGCUGCUCUGA